AUGUCUCAGAGUCCUUCCUCAAAGAAAUCUUCUCCUAUCUCUGAAACAGCAUCAGGUUCUAGGGCACCAAAUGCUGUGAGCGAUCAAGAUGUUGUGCUGGAUGUCGUGCCAUUGAACUCUGUCCCUCCUUCCGAUUCUGCUCGCAGUCAUCCAAGAAAGAUGCAUGCAAGAAAAUCAACCGGAGGAUCUGUCCCAGAAACUUUUUUUGUCCAGGGUAGAGAGGGCUCGUCCUAUGUUCAUAAUGCAAUUGCAAAUAUUGUCACCAGAAUCUUGAAUGAAGGACACAAGGUUGAAGGAAUUUCUGUUCCUCUAGCCCAAAUGCCCGCUUCCGAUGAUGAUCAAGGUGAGCAUGAUGAUGUAAGCAAAGAUCAGGAAAAUGUUGAGACUCCUGUUGCUAAUGAUGUUAGGACAUCUGUUGAUAAUGAUGAGACUCAUGUUGCUAAAGAUGUUGAGACAUCUGUUGAUAAUGAUAAGACCCCUGUUGCCAAAGAUGUUGAAACAUCCGAGCCUGUCAAUGCUGAAGAAAAAGAUGAAAACCCUAAUGUGCAUGAUGUGGUGGAUCUUGAUGAUCUUGAUGAUCCUAUUGAUAUUGCUGAUGAUGACCUCAUCUCCAGCAUCUCCAACAGGGUCAAGGCUCGUAAGGGAAAGCAAGUCUGUGAUCAACAACCUCUCAAGCCACAGGUUACUCCUCUGAAGACUGUUACUAAAGAAAGGGUGAAGAGAGUUUCCACUGGACCUGCAAAGUCUGGAAGCAAAGUUACUGUGAAGAAGAGGAAGGAAAGAAGUGUUUCUGUCACAGAAGAUGAUGUCUUAAGUGAUUGGAAGUUUGUCUAUCAAAGAAGGUUGGCUCUAGAAAGAGAAUUAGCAAAUGAUGCUCUGGAAUGUCAAGAGGUCAUGAAGCUCAUCAAGGAUGCAGGUUUGAUUAAAACUGUUUCUCAUUUUUCAAAGUGUUAUGAAAUACUUGUGAAGGAAUUUACUGUGAAUUUGUCUCAAGAUUGUGGUAAUGGAACAACUGAUGAUUUUCAUAAGGUGUAUGUUAGAAGAAAGUGUAUAGAUUUUUCUCCUGCUGUUAUCAACCUAUAUCUAGGAAGAGAUGUUGAGGCUCAACCUGAGCUUGAAGUGACUGAUAAUGAGGUCUGCAAGGUAAUCACUGGUGGUACGGUUAAGAAGUGGCCCAUUAAGAGCAAACUGUCUGCUAGUUCUCUUAAUGUCAGGUAUGCGUUGCUGCACAAAAUUGGUGCUGCUAACUGGGUGCCUACCAAUCACACUUCCACUAUUGCUGUUGGCCUAGGAAGAUUCAUAUAUGCUGUGGGAACCAAGACAAAAUUUGACUAUGGCACUUACAUAUUUGAUCAAACCAUGAGGCAUGCUGGUACCUCUGCUACCAAGCUUCCCAUUGCUUUCCCAUCUCUGAUAUGUGGAAUCAUCCUCAAGCAACACCCCGGAAUUCUGAAAAGUAAAGAUACUGUAUGUAAGAGGGAGACUGCUUUGUCCUUUCACUACAAGCUGCUGCAGAGAUCUGAUGACAAGACAUCUGCUGGGACAUCUCAACCCAGCAAAUCUGUGACCAAAGCUCUUCUUAUUGCUGAGCUAAAAGAGACGUGUCAAGAGUUGGACAACAGGAAGCUGAAACUUGAAAAUCUCAUCCACAGUCUUGAGCAGUCUAUAGAUGAUGAUCUUGGUGGUGACAAGGGUGGUGACAAUAUGGAUGAAGACCAAGAGGCUAAGGCAGAAGCUAAGGAUGCUGAGGCUGAGAGUGCUGAGAGUGAGAGUAGUGAUGCUGCUGAAUGGACUAGUAGCUCCAGUGAUGACAAUCCUGGUGGUUCAAGUGAUGAAGACAGUGAUGGGGCUGAUGAUUAG